AUGGUUGCCUCGUUAGAUUAUGGAUAUUUGUCAACACCAACUGGCCUACUAAACAUAGCCGAAAUCGUUAUAUUAAUUGGUGCACUCAUUAGUGUUGCAUUUACAUCUCCAUUAUAUUGUGAAUUAGUCGAUAACUUGAAAUGGAUAUAUCCCGAUUUAAAUACCUUAGCCGUUCGACAUGUAUUUCAAGUAUUUACUAUUCUUUGUUUAACUGUAACGAUCAUUAUUCUUCUUGCACAUUUAUAUGGAAUACGUUAUUCAGGCAAAACUUUUGCUUAUUUAAAUCAAACUUGUUUAAUCGCUAAUGUCAUUAUGGCAUUGAUGAUGCUAUCAAUUGGUAUAUGUGCUGCAUUAUGGGAAGAUAAAUUAAGACGAACACCAGGAAUAAUUAGACGUGGAUAUUUUUCAAAUAGGUAUCAAAUUGUUUUCAAUGAAGAAACACAUCCGAGACCUGGAGCUGCUGCAGCUGCAGCCGCGUUUGCUCUUCUAGCUGGUAUACUUUUUAUAAUCGAAGCUUGCACUCGACCGAUGCUAAGUACUGGUGUAACACGUCUACCAACACACUCAUCAGAUCGACCUACUUACACAGUUUCAACCAGUACCCAACGUCCAUCAAAUAAUAAUCCAACUAGUGGCGAACGUAUAAUCCCUAUUGAAACAACAAAAUCACAAAAUCGAGUUUAA